GUCCCGUUUAAUGUAUUUUUAAGCAAAAGGGCAAGCUGCCAUCUCCUUUUCGCACUGCACAGGAAGUUAAGGAUAUCUCUAGCAAAGAUUAUAAAACAUUUAAAAGUAUACGUCUUUUCUUUAGUGGGGAAUUCAGAAAAAAACAUUUCUAUCUAUCAAUCAUUGUAUCUGCCAGUCGUGUAUUUGUCGUCGACACGAAAACACUUACUUUGUCCUCACGGCCACCCUUCGUCCCCUGGGUUUUUCACCUUUUUGGUAAAAUAUAUGACAAAUAACCUGGAGACGAGGGUGUCUACACGACCUCUGUAUGUUUAAUUUUUUUGCGAGUCUAUUGCCGCCGGCAUCAAAAAGUGAAGCCCACUUAAAUGUUAAACAAAAAUUUAUAAGAACACCCUGGUCCAGACCUUUUGAAUUCACUUUAAGAUUGGUAACCUGACUUUUUAUUUUGUAAGGACUAAGGCAUCAGUCAUUCUGCACGCUCUUUUACAUAGAAUAACUCACCAUGACGAAAACGUGCCACCGCGACGAAGAGUAUCACGACGAAACAUAAAGUCACGAGGGUUAGGGAUUACGACACGAAAAAACCAAACACGGAAUAUUUACAUCAGGUGCGUACUCUAUACUACAUACUCCAUACGUCUACCCUGCAUUGGAAGCAGAAAAAUAGUAAAUCGAACCUUUUUUUGGAUCAUAACAAAAAGACUCCCUGGGGACAGGGGGUGGGGGGCGAUGGUGCUGCGCAGAAAGCCUAUGGGAUAAAAACAUUCUGUUAUAUACAUUAAUAAGAAAUCACAAUGGCGUCUUCAAAACGAUGGAAAAACUAUAAACAAAUAGGAAUAAAAACAAAGAAAACCUACCCAUUUAUACUUGGACUUGCAGUUGGUGCAGGUUUAACAGAAUUAUUAGAAAACGUGUAUCUGGAAGUUAAGUCAAGGUUGCUAAACCAAACAAAAUCAUCUUCAUUGUCCACUACACAAAUAAUUGAGGAGAACUAUGGCUUGCCCAAAGCUAUUCAGAAUCUGCAUUAUAGUUAUUAUGCCUUGGGGUAUGACAACGCUAAAAAAGUUCCUUCAUGGGUAGCUGAGUAUCUCACUAAAGCACAACUGCAAGGACCAGCAGAACGAUACAACUGUAAUUUUAAGCAUGAUUUAAAAAUCCCAGCAAAAUUUCGAUCCAGCAAUGAAGAUUACCUGGGUAGUGGUUUUGCACGUGGUCACAUGGUACCAGCAGGGGAUAUUAAAAGUGACCAGGGUGGCAUGUCAGAGACUUUUUAUCUUUCCAAUAUUGUUCCACAAGAUUAUGGAAACAAUGGUGGAUUCUGGUAUCGAAUGGAGGUAUAUUGCAGAACACUUGCUAAAAGAUAUGAUGGCGUGUAUGUUAUCUCUGGUCCGUUAUUUAAACCGGAAAAAGAUGAUAGCGGGAAAAAGUUUUUAAAAUUUCAGGUCAUAGGUGAAAACAACGUAGCCGUACCCACACAUCUCUAUAAAGUGAUAUUAAUCGAAAAAAAUCACAAACCCAAAGCGAUUGGAUCGUUUAUAGUCCCAAACGCAACAAUAAGUGACCAAAAAACAUUACAAGACUUUCAAGUAUCUUUAGAAGAAAUCGAGAAACUUACAGGUUAUGAAAUUUUUCCCAAAUUGGAUAAUAAUCGAGUCAAAGACUUGUGUGCUGUAGACGACUGCAAAUUAAUUAAAAAGGAAUUACUUGACUUGUAUAAUAUGACAAGAUGGCUACAAAAAGCAAAGUCAAACCAAGAACUCGAUAAGAUUUGGAAAGUUAUUAAAAACAAAGGUAUUCAAGUUGAUCAGCAAUUUUUAGAUGAAUAUUGGAAAAAGAAAAAUCAGUUCAAGCAAGAUGAAGGUAAUGGUUAGUGCCCAACUCUUCAUAUGUCAUUGUUGAUGAAAUACCAUCUAAUGUAUAAGUAUAAUACAAUGCUGAUAUUUAUAUUUUUGGAAAAGUAUCAAGUGUGAAAUUUUUUUACUCACACGUGGAUUGUCACACACAAAUAUGUGACAAAGAAACGUUCCUACAGUUAAUGAAGGCUUGUCAGGAUGUUUUAAUCUUUUGUAAUGCCUUGUUACAAUCUUGGACCAAAACUCUAUCUUUUUGACAAACUAGUCGCUCAUUCUAACAUUUUAAUGAUUCUACAUAAUGGGGCAAUCCGUAGCAUGGCGCAAAAUGACGGAGAGCUGAAAAUAAAGGGGCAUGAGACGAGCAACUAGCACCGUUUAAGAUUUUGUAUUAAAGACCAAACUGUAUAAUUCCAAAUUUUAACCACAAAAACCGAGAUGUAAAUCCGAGAGAUUGCAGUAAAAAUGAAUCGUAUAUUACACGCCAAAAUCUUUGUAGUUUUUUUAAGGCGCAUAAUUAUUUUAAAAAAAUAACAUGUAACGUGACGAAGAUUGAUAUUUUCGAUAAUCUACGAUGAAUACUCGCGGAAUUUUUAUACCGUAGUUAGCCACCUGUUGCUAAUGUUAAAUGUAUGGAAAAGAUCCUGUUUGUUAAAAAUCAGGAAACACCUAGUAAGCCACCUGAAAAUAUUUGGUUCUUACGUAGACUCACCUUGAAAGAACCUGCGGUCGAGAGUCGAGAGUCGAUCGAAAGAUCCUUUCGAUCUUCUGGGCUUCUUUUAUGUCAUGACAACCUAAAGAAGGUUCUUGUUCUUGCUAAUAACGUGACUGUUUUUGAUUGGUUAUAUAUUCAAUCUAGUGAAUUUUUUGGAACGCUGUUUCGGUGACAGUUUUUGUUGCUUUCCAGGAAAUGUUUGCAAUGCAUGAAAACCCAUUUUUUUACAUUUGUAAUAAUUGAUUCUCUUAAGUAUAAAAUGUACCUAGGAAUGUCCUGUCCCCAGGGUGUGUUGCAUGAUGUCGGAACCAUCGUUUACCUGGCGGCCUCAGUGUCAGGCCUCCAGGUAAACGGUGACGAAACGACGGAACUUAACUAUAUUUUGAAUUUCCUGCUGAGCAUUUGUAGAUAAUAACACAUUUUCAUUGCGAAAUUAAAGAUUCCGAAACAGUAACCUCAAAUAGCUAUUAUAUAGCUAUUUGUAUAGCGAAUGUUCGUCUGUGUUUGAAAAUGUGAAAUUUGAGGAUACUAGGCAAUUUCUCAAAACAUCAUCAUCAUUCUCGGCUUACCGUCCAUUUCCCAUGCUAGCAUGGGUUUGACGGGGUAUAUUAAUGACCCUCUUCCAAUCUGAUCUAGACUGUGUUAGAUCUAAACUCAACUUCUCUGUAUCAAGUCUGUCCUUAUAACCUCCUGCUAAGUCUUCCUCGGUCUGCGUCUGGGCUUUGCCCCAGGAACUAUCAAGUCUCUACACUUUCUUACCCAAUCAUCCCCCUCCAUUUUUUCCAAGUGCCUCAGCCAAUUCAAUCUUCUUAUCUGUAUAACAUCUUUAAUUCUACGGAUACUUAGCCUGCUUCUUAGCUCAUCUAAACUCUUUCUGUCUCUCAGACUGGCGUUACACAUCCACCUAACCAUUCUCAUAUAAUUCCUUUCAAAAUCCUGCUUCACUAUGUCUCACUAUUGUACAAUAUAACCGACAUAGCCGAUAAAAAAGCUUUUUUUCAUUUUCUCCCAUUUCUUAUCCUUCCUAUAGGUAUAACGCCGAGAUAACUCUUCAGUCAAUGGGUCUUCUAAGGCUAACUUUUUUUUCCGUCGAAGUGGCGCCGGAAUGUCGGGGUCAGCAUAGGCAGUAUAUGUCGUAGAUACUACCAAUUGGAGUCCUUUAUGUAUUUUUUUAUAUCAGUAUCUUUUUUGUGUUGAUUUAACUUGAAGUCGGGCUGAUUUCGUUCGAGGGCCGGGAGACUGUAAAGUCUCUUUAUUUACAGCAUAGCAGGCCCGCGUUGGUGAUUAAAGCUUGUAAUUCAACCACACAUGCUCGACUAAAACCAGUAAGAAAAUAUGUUGGCACAUAACCGCAAAUUUUAAAGUAGUAAUUUUGGAUAUUUUUAUAUUAGAUUUGUCCAAUUUGAACUUGUCAAAAUUCACUUCUGUUCACACAGCAGUUCUUAUGUUAUUUGGUUAAAUUCAAACUUAUUAAGCUGUGCUGAUUAUUGCAGACGUGACUCAGUGCGACUAGAGGAUUCUAAACGCUGCUUAGCAUACCUAAGUAUAUAUACGGACUGUAGAGUUACCGUGGCCGUCAUGGAGUGACAAAACGAUGUAUGGGGACAAAAUAGGAAAUGGAUUGUAUGGAUACAAUUUUUUUAUUUGAUAAAAAUAAUUGUGUACUGUUAUUAGUAAUUAUUUACAAAUAUAUACAUUUAAUGUUAACACGUUUUGUCCGCCUUCCUAUGACAAUACAUUUGAAGAGCAACUUCGAACAGUUCACUUAUGCUUGCAUUGCGUCAAGUAGGAUUAUAUUCUGGAUAUUUAUAAUCCUUUGUCUCGUUCUUGUUGAUUCAAGUUGCGAGUACUUGUGUGCUUGUGAAGAUAAUAUUUCAAGUGAAGUUUUUAUUUAAUGAUUUUGUACAGCUCACCUGGAUAAAAAGUUUCCGCUAGCGACCAUCCUUUUAAAUUC